AUGCACCCGCGCGCGACGUCGUACGCGCCCGCGCACGGCGCUGGAUUAACGUCGAGACCGAACGCGCAGACGAACGCGCCCGGGGAGUUCGCGAUGGACAUGCCGACGACGUCGAGCGGGUUCGAUUUGGAGGACGACGUCGCGAGCCUGCGGAGCAAGGUGAAACAGCUGAAGAGCAUGUCGCGACGGAUCGGAGAGGAAGCGACGAUUCGAGGGGAUCUGAUCGAUGCGCUGACGAUAGAUUUUAGCUCGGGAGACGCGGCGAUGCGGGACGUGAGGAGAAAGUUGGGCGCGGCGUACGAGCGGGCAAAGGGCGGACAUUUGAUGUCGUUGAUGUUCUUCGCCGUGUUGGCCUUCCUCGGGAUGUUCUUCUUCGUCAAGUUUAACAAGGCGAUUCGGUUCUUAGUGCCCAGAGGGACGGGGCAGAGCGUGCGACAUCACUGA